CAAGAAAUAAAUGGACUGAGUGUCUCUCUGAGAACCAAUAAUCGUGUCCAAUGAAGGGGAAGAAGACCAAUAAUAAUGUCGGCAGAAUUCUGGUUGGUCUUCUGGUGCUGUUUCUUGGAGUCCAGUCAGCAUUUUCAUGUCGGAUUCGUAUCCGAACUCUCCCAAUUACAGUACCCAAGAAUUACAACCGGCCGCCGACUGGUGUUCCAACGAUCAAUCCUUGCCGCAGCUUCUCGCCGCCGGCGAGGCAUGGAUGAUAUAUAUGUAUAGGGCAACGAUCGAGCUGUGUGUGGCCGCGUGGAGUUUUGAAGGGUGAAGGCUAAUACUUAGAUAUCUUUCCUCUUCGUGAAAUAUUAAUCAACUCUCUCUUUGCCUUUGGAUUUUGGUUUUGGGGGGUUAACAAGCCUUGUUAGUUUAGUUAAAACGGUAUGAUAUUGAUAAUUACUGUUUUCUUGGAGUAGCUUAGAACAGACGAUUGUUAGCAGUAAUUGAACCUCUC